AUCGGAAGGAACACGUGCGUUCGGUUGCCGCCAAACCGAGUAGACAUUUUUUUUGUCGUGUAGACUUCUCUGCGGUCAGAGUCGAGGACCCACUCGGCUACAGGGUAUUUAUUCCCCUUUGAGUUUGUGUUCAACUGAGCAGGCAGGUCGACAAUACCAACGAAAACGUCAUCGUUUUCAAAUAAAAUUCGUGAGAAACGCAAAAUUAAAAACAUCAACAUGCCGCGACGCAAUAAGAAAUCAGGAGGAGGACAAGGCAAAGGUCGGAAUAAUGAGUCGAACUCCGAGGACGAGUCCUUUGAUAAUGUGAGCGUCUAUUCGCACGUCUCGGAGGUUGCCUCCUCGGAGGCCAACGACGACCUGGCCAAUGAGCGUUUCGAGGAGAAAUUCGAGAAGGCCCUGGAACAGGCCACCGAGAAGUCGGCCCAGACCCGUGUUCAGGCCCUCCAGGCUAUCUGUGAGCUGCUGAUGCACCGCUAUAUGCCCGAUUUCGUAGAGGACCGCAAGAUGACGCUGAUGGACUUUGUUGAGAAGAGCAUCCGUCGCGGCAAGGGUCAGGAGCAGGUUUGGGGCGCACGUCUGGCCCCCCUGCUGGUACUCCAGAUGGGCGGCGACAAGGGAAUCUCCAAGGCCAUGAACCAGUUUCUGUUGACCACCGUUCAGGACAAGUCCAUCGGCUUCGACGCCAGAGCCAAGUGCGUCACGGCUCUUGGACUGCUCAGCUUCUUGGGCUGUGAGGAUGUCGCCGAAUUGGUCCGCCUGAUGCAGUAUUUCGAGGCCAUUUUUGCCGGCAGCUAUCUGCGGGGCGACGACAAGACCCCAGUGUCGGUCACCGCCGAAGCGGGAGCCCUGCAUGCCGAGGCUUUAAGUGCUUGGGGUCUGCUCCUGACUCUCAUACCACCGGGUGAUUUCGUGUCGCUGAUGACCACCGGAAACAACAUGUUCCCAUCGAUCAAGAAGUUCUUGGGCCUCUUGCAGUCCCCACAUUUGGAUGUCCGCAUGGCCGCUGGCGAAACCAUUGCGUUGAUACUGGAAUCGGGUCGUGCCCACGAUGACGACUUCCUUGAGGAAGAAAUCGCCGAGCUGAGCGAGGCUGUCAAGCAGCUGGCCACCGAUUCGCACAAGUAUCGGGCCAAGCGCGAUCGCAAGGCUCAGCGUGCAACCUUCCGGGAUGUGUUGCGUUAUCUAGAGGAGGACAUUUCUCCGGAAAUCAACAUUCGCUUUGGCACGGAGUCCUUGACACUGGAUUCAUGGUCCAUUCACCACCAGUACUCGGCCCUCUGCACAGUGAUGGGGCCUGGAAUGACCUCCCAGCUGCAGGAGAACGAGUUCAUACGCGACAUUUUCGAGCUGGGAGCGCGUCCCACCAACACUGGCAUCAAUGGCAAUGCCAAGAUCAAGCCGACCAAGCUGGAGCGCCAUCUGGUGAACGCUGCCGCCUUCAAGGCACGCUCCAUUUCGCGUGGAAAGAAUCGGGACAAGAGAUCGGCCGUCGUCACUUAAAGCUGCAGAAAUAAACCAAUCCCCUACUCCCCAAACUGCGAAACAGCAUCCCAAAACAAAACAGAACAAAACGAAACCUCUCAAAAUCCCAUAGCCAACGACCCGCUAGUUGAAUUGUGUCUAUUCUAAUUGUAGCUUGAACAGGGCAUAGCAUAGCCAAAGCUGAAACUAAGUCUAAAUUUAGGAUAUGUUUCUGGAAAAACAGCAAAUGCAACACAAUUGAAAGAAAAUAUUUAUAAGCACUAAACACGAGCAUAGGCCAUUAUUAUUAAAAUAUUAGCACUAACACAAUAUUGAAUUGUGUGUGCUUCGAUCUGAAUUAUUGCACAUCUUUUGUUGUUAUGUAUAUGAAAUUUAGCCUGUACUCGUCGCAUGACUCCCCGCUUUCGGGGCGCUGGGGCGGGACAUGCCUCUUACGUUGUUGAUCUUGAUUUACACUUUAAAUAUAUACAUCCAAACCUACAUAUACUUUAUAUAUAGAAUCUAAAACAAAACUAUUUCUGCUUCGAUGUCGUUGCUAAAAGUAGUUCAAAACAAAAUAAAAAAACGAAAAAAACUAAA